UGCACCUUAAGUUGGUUGCCACCCGCCAAUUAAAAAACAGAAGAAGAAGGAGGAGGACGCUGCAUCCCGGGUUGUCGCUGAAGAAUACGUCAUAAUGAUGCGACAUACUUUUCAAAUAACCCAUUCACUUCCGGAAACUCCUGUUGUUUAGCUAUUAAAAUCUAAAGUUAACCGUUAGCGGUUUAUUCAGUUUCUACAGACUCCAAAGAGCCAUGAAGUCACAUAUCAAAUGGAUCCAGAUUUGCAUCUUCACCCUUCUACAUUCUGUGAUCUGCCAGAAACUCACAGGCUUUGUUGGAGAAAGUGUUCUGCUGCCCUGCUCUUCUGAUAACCCUAAAAUGGCGAACGUGUUCUGGAGGGACGAAGAUGACGGGGUUCUGCUUGACAUCAAGAACGGUGUUGAAGACUUGAAAUAUCAGCACAAAAAGUUUAAAGGUCGAGUGUUCAGCUUCCCAACAGAAUACCGGAACAGGAACUACUCCAUCACCUUGAAGAAACUGACGCUGCAGGACUCUGGAGUCUAUGACUGCAACGUCGUCAUUGACAACAAAGAAAAUACAUCCAGGAUGAAGUUGGAGGUUAGAGAAGCUGUGAAGAUCCCAGGAAAUGGUGUCUCCAGCAGGCGGAUCGUCCUGCCGACGCUGGUCCUCUCUGCUCUCAGUCUGAUCAUCUACUUCUAACAGGAAGUUCAAACAUCUGCUACAGUAAACAUUGUUUAAGUUCAACUUUCAGCAGUUUCUAGUAGUAAACCGCAGACUAAGUUACCAUCUUGCACCUGUUGCCAUUUUAUGUCCGUAGAAGUUAAAACCUCCAGUCAAUAUUCUGAAGCCUGGCAAGAAAACUGAUCAAACCAGGACAAGAGUCACAGCUCUCCAGUUUUAUCUGGUUUCACCUCUAAAGCUGGAGAAUGUAACUUUAAAAAGGUUUUUCACAUACUUGUUAAAACUGUCAGCUUGUUAUGACACAAUCUUAGAAAGGAUCGAUCUCCUCUGUCUUCUCUGAGCUGCUACUGAACAAAUGCACUAAAGCAACCAAGCAAGGGGGAGGGGCUUAGUGCCGUCAAUCAACCUUGUGAAUGUGCUGGCUCUGAUUGGUUGCUUCUUCCUGAGUGGUGCAGCAGCACUGGGAGAAAACAGGAGAUCGAUCUUUGCAUAGAUUAUCUGUCUCAUAACAAACUGUCAGAACCUGGAGACAGACUUAAUAAAUAUGGCAAAAUAUACUUUUUAUUAAGUUACAUACCACAGCUUUAAGGAGAAGGUCAAGAGUUCAUGACACUGGAGCUGUUGUUUACAGAAUCACUAUUAAGAUUAUUUAUUUAUGAACAUAAAUAUUUACAUAAUAAAUACACAUAAAUAAAACAUAAAUAAAUACAUAAACAUUUUUCAAAAUCUGAUGUUUUUGUUCAUUGCUGUCAACAAAUAUUUGUCCUAAUUUUCAUAGCAGACAAAUAUUUAGUGCAGCUGAGUUACCAAAAAAUGCAUUAAUUUAUUGUUAACAUCUUCUUGAUGCAAGAAUGUAACCUGUCUUCUUCUUCAUUCCAAUCUACUUUAAUGUUUUUGAAGGAAGCAAGAACAUUUAUAUUCAACUUAUGUUACUGUUUAUGUUAUUAUUUAUAUAUUACUAAAAGGCUGUUAAUGUUAUUGUAUGCAUUCCUGUGGAAAAAUGUGGACGUUUUGAAGAUGAUAAAUUAUUAUUUGAUGAAACUUGUUUAGGUUUGUGAUGACUGAAAGACUCCAAAAUGAUUCUCCUGAAAAAGUGAAGUGUAGUUUUGAAGUGAACAUAGUGAUGAGAGUUGAUUCAUCUGCUGCUUUCUGCUUUAUAUCAUAUGACAAGAAUAAAACUGGUCCGUUAAACUGAUUGUUGAAGUUUACUUUAAAAUAAAAUGAGACUGAAACUGUUAUUUGUCUGUUGUAAGUCAUUUCUGCCACAAGAGGGAGCCAGCUCACUGACUGGUAACGUGAUACUUGCUUGGUGACUAGAAUAUAGCAGUAGAAGUAAUAAACUAAUGUUUAUUAGUGUUCCAGGUUGCUGAUGGCUCCAUGUGGAUGUGACGCUGCUGUUGCUGAGCGGCAGUGUGAGGAACAGCUGCUCUGUGAUCUUUCAUGUUUAAUGUUAUCUGAACUUCUGUCUGGACUUGUUGAAUUGUGGUUCUAACCUGAGUUUAUCACAUCUCUACACCAUAAAUGAUGCGAUCAUUUAUGUAGCUUUUCAGGUUUUGUUCCCUAAUAUUUGCUUAAAUCUUUUUAAGCUGCUUGCUCACUAAGAUUUUGUCUUUUAUUAGUCAUUCCAUAAAUAAACACAGUAGUUUGGCUGUUUUUAUUCUUUAGUUUUAAACUGGUGGUUCCACAUUCAUUCGUUGUGUGUUGCAGAUAAAAGGCGUUUCCAGCCGAGUUUUUACCCAUCAGCAGACUGAGUAGAUGCUUCACAUGAAGCGCUGGCAGGUCGACCGCUGACAGGAAACAGGAAUUGAACCCAUGGCUUUGGAAUCUGAGCCACAGUCAUUGAAUCUGAGAGGAUUGAAUUUAACUUGCUGUUGGGUUAAAUUAGAUCUGGAGGAUUUGAUGAACUUUGGUGACAGAACUGUUCCAGCUGGGUUUGAAGCCUUCUGGACCAAAAGCUGCAGGAAGCUGUUCAUAACCCAGAGCUGCUUGAUCAGGUCGUUGGUGUUCAGUCAUGAUAACAUUGAGUUAAUAUUGACCAAAAGAGCCGUUCAGGUCAAACUACUUCUGUUUGUCUCCAAUGUUGUUCCUAUGCACCGGUUCUGGUUCUGUCCGUCCUGCAGCAGGUUCUCUAGUUCAGGUUUCUCCUUGGUCCAGUCGUCCUCCAGCUGCUGCUGUUUUUCUAUCAUCUGCAGAAAAAGUGACUGAAAUGUUGUGGUCUAGUCCAAGCUCAGCCCGGUUCCUGGAGUCUGAAUGAGUUUCACUUCCUUGUUGUGAGCCGGGUCUGAUCUUAGUGACUGAUGAGACGCUCAGAGGAAGUGGGGAUCAGUCUGUGCUGCCUCACAGCGGAGCAGCAGCCCGUCUGAUGGAUCUGCUGAGGACGGUUCUGCUGCUGGUUCUGCUGCUGGUUCUGCUGCUGGUUCUGGUGGGGUCAGAGGCCCAGAACUUGAAGAAUGUCACUGUAGAACCGGGUCAUAAUGUGACUUUAACCUGCUCCGUUAACAGUAGUGACGUCUACUGGUUCCUGAACAUCCACAGCCAGUUCAGAGCAGGAAUUGGACGAAUUCGUUCUUCAUCAUCACCUAUCUUCUGCCAGUCAGAACUUCAGUCAAAGUUCAGCAUAUCAGGAAACCAGCUGGAGAUUACAAACGUCUCUGCUGAGGACAGCAGGCUGUACUACUGUGGGAUAAGGCAGAAAGACCAGAUUGUUGACCAAGACACCUUCAGUCUUCAUCUGUCAGUUGUUUAUCCAACCACAUCCGUCCUGCCCGGCCCCUGGUCAUCGACCCCCUCCUGCCCCACAGCGGGGCAGUUCCUCCAGCCCCUCAUGGCAGUUUCUCUGGGCCUGAACGCCGUCCUGCUGGCUGCUGUUACUGGUUUUCUUUGUGUCUAUAUAAGGAGGAACGGCUGCUGCUGCUGCUGCUGCAGGGCGAAGGACUCUGCAACAAACAACAUGGAGAACGACGACAUGCAGAACCCACAGUACGAGGAGAUCCAGCUGCCUCCCACUCUGGUUCCGGUUCCGGUUCGGGUUCCGGUUCGGGUUACAUCAGAAUGCAUCUACUACAAAGCCCAACAUCCCAACCCCAAGAUGCAUCAACACUGACUCACACCUGGGCAGGUGAGCCGGUUCUGGAGCUGCUGCUCCGUCUGAGGAGAGUCCAGGAAGUCCAGGCCUGAUUCAGCCAAGCUUCCUGCUUCUGAACGCUAUGAACUCUGGGAAAUGAGCGCCGGCUGAAGGUGUCUGAGACGGUGGUAUUGUUUAUGUGAGUGUAUUUAUUAGUUUCUGUUUUUAGUUUUAAUUUUAG